UGGCUUUUGAACCGGCCGGAGACAAACAUCUCCUCUCUGUUUUUUUAUUUGCGCUUUUCAGUUUCUUCUGUGAGAUCAGCGAAGGAGACAAUGUUUUUGUUCGAUUGGUUCUACGGAAUCAUGGCGUCGUUGGGGUUAUGGCAGAAGGAGGCGAAGAUCUUGUUUCUCGGCCUCGACAAUGCAGGAAAAACCACACUCCUUCACAUGCUCAAAGACGAGAGAUUGGUUCAGCACCAGCCAACACAACAUCCAACCUCUGAGGAACUUAGCAUUGGCAAAAUCAAGUUCAAGGCUUUUGAUUUGGGUGGCCAUCAGAUUGCUCGAAGAGUUUGGAAAGAUUACUAUGCCAAGGUUGAUGCAGUUGUCUACCUCGUGGAUGCUUAUGACAAGGAGAGAUUUUCAGAGUCAAAAAGAGAGCUAGACGCUCUUCUCUCAGAUGAAGCUCUUGCAACUGUGCCGUUUCUUAUUCUCGGAAACAAGAUUGAUAUCCCUUAUGCAGCCUCCGAAGACGAGCUUAGGUAUCACUUGGGUCUCACCAACUUCACCACCGGUAAGGGCAAAGUGACAACAGCUGGAGGAGAUUCUGGUGUUCGCCCUCUUGAAGUCUUCAUGUGCAGCAUUGUCCGUAAAAUGGGCUACGGCGAGGGAUUCAAAUGGCUCUCUCAGUACAUCAACUAAAAAGACAUCAUCAUGUCUGUCUCUCACUACAUCUGUCUUUUCUUGAGUUAAAAGAUUUGUCAAUGAUGAUAUCAUAACACUCUUUUCACCCUUUUGGUUUUUCUUGUUUUUAAUUUAAGUUUGGUGACUUGCAUUUCCAAACUUGUUCAUUGUCUCGGUCCACAUUUUUGUCAACAGCUUGUGCUUUUUAUUGAAACAUUAUUCCCAAGUUAGACCACCAA